AAGGAGGAACAACAUACUGAGCUGAGCACUCUAGCAAUAUGUUUGUCAUGAGAGGUUUCAACCGCCGCAAAGUGAUGAUGUAUUCAUUUUAUUUACUUUUUGUUUGUUUUUUAAUUUAUGUUGCCAUAUGUUUGGGAGCAUAUUAUAAGGAAUCUGAUGCAUUUCCUUUCCCUGCUGGGCCUGCAGAAAUAGAUUUAAACAAAGACAUCACAAGAGAAUAUAAGAUAUUAGAUACUAAAUCUGCUGGUGCUGUAGUGAUCAAGAGUGCCGACAACAAACCACCAGUCAUAAAACAUGAGGGUCGUGUGAACUUGCACAUUUUUGAAGACUACUGCGGUGGAUCCAUUGAUCAAUUUAGGAAUAACAUUCUCUAUCCUCUAUUUCCCAGUAGGCGUACUACAGUGAGCAGGCUUGCUGUGUCUCCGAAAUCAAAAGAUUAUGGUCUGAGAAUCUUUGGCUAUCUUCACCCUCCAGUAACUGAUGAAUAUAUUUUUGCUAUUGCCUCUGAUGACAACGCUGAGUUUUGGCUCAGUUUAGACGAAAGUCCUCAAAAUCUUCAACGGUUCGUUUAUGUUGGAGAGACAGGGGAUGAAUGGGCCGCACCAGGCGAGUAUUGGAAAUUUGCAUCCCAGAUAUCCAAACCCAUCUUGCUAGUGAAAGGCAUGAAGUAUUUUUUUGAAGCAAUUCUAAAACAGAAUGGUGGAUUGGAUCAUCUUGAAAUAGCGUGGUGCUUAAACCGUGACAACAGCAGUUUUUCAGUGAUAAGCUCUGAGUUUUUAUCACUAUAUGAAGAUGAAUCCUCUCUACAAAUGGGAGACAUUGAUCACAUACCUCAAACAGAAGCCAGCUAUGAUAGAUUCCUUGAGCCGUUCACCAAGGUGACCAAACCUACAGGAGACAUGGUCAAAGAAGACCCACGAGACCACAUCUAUAAAAUUACAUUGAUGGAUGAAUCCUACUUGAAAGACUUGUUUGCUGAAUGCCAUUACAAACCAAGUUACCUACUUCAAAGAAAGAUUGUACGAUAUGAAGGCGUAAAUUUAAUCUACUUUUCUUCAGUCUACCCAAAUGACUUCACAAGACAAACCCAUGAUCACAAUGAACAAAUGUGCUUCUACAAACAGGAUCCAUCAUUUCAGGAAAAUCAAGGGUUUGCACCUUAUCUCAACGAGGUUGAGGAUCCAGACAUACAAAAAAUGGGUGGAGGUUCUUCUUGGCAGCGUGUCUUCGACGUGAAACCCUUUGAAGUUGCUUCAAAGCAAAAUGCUGCUUCGAAAAGUUCAUGCAAAAAAGCAGGAAACAUUGUGAUGACCCAAAAUGAUGUCAUGCCCAUUGUUAGAGCCUUUAUGAAAGAACUGCAUUCAAAAGAGCCAACACGUGGGUUCUCUCUGUUGCGAGUAUUGAAUGUAGUGAGGCGUGUGGACAAUACUGUGGGCAGCCGGUAUCUGGUGGAACUGGAACUUGUAGGCCCUCAGGGUCAAAAAGUUUUGGUUUCACGUUACGUUUAUGCACCGCAGAUGGAAACGGCCCAGGAUGCAAAAACAGAACCAAUUCUCUGCAGUCCGAAAGAUUUCAGCUGGAACCCAUCUGCUACUGUCCAUGUAAUUGUGGCAGUGAAAAAUCAGGCCAGAUGGAUCAUACAGUUUAUCAGGGAAAUGGAGAAAAUUUACAGAGUAACUGGGGACAAAAACUUUAAUGUAAUCAUUAUAGACUACAAUAGUUCUGAUAUGGAUAUAGAGGGAAGACUCAAAAAAGCUAAAUUACCAAGUUACCAGUAUCGGAAAAUGGAGGGACAAUUUCAAAGAUCGGGGGGUCUUCAAGCAGGAAUAGAUCUUGUUAAAGAUGAGCACAGUAUUUUGUUUCUGUGUGACCUGCACCUCUACUAUCCUGUGAAUAUAAUAAACCAUAUACGUAAACACACUAUCAAGGGAAAGAUGGUCUAUGCUCCAGUUGUGAUGAGACUGGAUUGCGGUGCUUCUCCAAGAGACCCAACUGGUUUUUGGGAGACUCUUGGUUAUGGUCUAAUGGGAAUCUACAUGUCAGACAUUGUCCGAAUUGGUGGCAUGAACACCCAAGAAUUCAAAGAAAAAUGGGGAGGCGAAGACUGGGAGUUGUUAGACAGAGUCUUAGAAAACGGGUUAGAGGUGGAGCGACUCCUUGUGCGAAAUUUUCUGCACCAUUUCCACACCAAACACGGAAUGUGGGACGACAGUCCGGCUUAACAGCAGAUGCUCAUUUUCAUGCUCCAAUUUCAGUUUUCUACACUAGCUGCAAAUAUUUUGCACUCAUAACCUUCAUAACCUGUACCAGUUUGUCAGUGGCCUUUAUAUGAUGUUGUUGAAUGACAGAGCUUUCAAUUAAAUUGUUUGUUUUUGUCAGAUUUUAAAUGUGUUCAUUUAUUCAUUAUGUAUUUGUGUUUAUACAGUUUGUAAAAAAUUUUUUACCUUUUUUGGUAAAAAUAUUCUGCACUAACGUAUUUGUAUGUGUAGGUGUACAGAAAUGAUG